CAAAGACACAAGUGAUGUAGCAUCAGGGAAUUCCUCAUCGAUUCCAAAAGCCAUAGAUUUCUCUCAAGGAAAGAGAAGAGAAGAUCUGAGAUGGAGAAAUUGGUGAGGGGUUGGGAAGAGCUAGGGGUGGUGGACACAAUCUACGAGGAAGAACAUGAGUACUACUCAACAACCCCUUCUCUCUCCCCAUCUCUCUCUAUGCCUCCCACACCCCUCCAUUGCAGAGUUGAGGCAUGGUCGCUGACUACGGGAGCUGUUACCGAUGCCGUGAUACAAGUUGAUGACUCUCGUUUCUGCCUUCACAAGGGCCCACUGGCAGAGCGAAGCGGAUACCUGAAACGACAACUCGACGAAUCGUCCGAAAUAACCCUAUCGCCGCCGCUAAACAUCACGUCGGACACGUUCACUCUCGUCGCCGACUACUGUUACGGCAUCCACGUCCUCAUAACGCCCUUCAACGUCGUCGCCCUGAGAGUGGCGGCGGAGCUGCUCGAGAUGACGGAGGGCGACGGCGACGCGGCCGAGGACAGCCUGGGGCAGAUGGCGGAGGCGUACUUCCGCCGCGCGAUCUCCCUCAGCCGCGAGUACGCGUUGAUCGGAUUCCGAUCGUGCCUGCCGCUGCUGCCGGAGGCGGAGACGACGGCGGCUCUCGCCAGCAGGUGCGUCGAGGCGCUGAGUGCGUUUGACGACGUGGACGAUGCUAUCAUGAGUUGUGGCGAGGACGUUAGAGAGGUGCAACCCGAGGAUUUUCAAUUGCUCGCCGAGUCCGUGAAGCAUCGGUUGACUGGAAGCCACGACCUUCUUUACAAAAUCGUUGACAUUUAUCUCAAGGAAUAUGACGGGAAAAUAACGGAGGAUCAGAAAGCCGAAAUAUGCAACUCCAUAGACUGCACCACGCUCUCCCCACCGCUACUCAUGCACGCCGUCCAGAACCCCCAAAUGCCCCUCAGGUUCGUGGUCCAAGCCAUGUUCGUCGACCAGCUCAACACCCGCCGCGCCAUCGCCGUCGCCUCCACCGACCACCACAGAGCUCGCCGCCGCCGCCACCGCCCACCCAAACCCGCCCCCGCCCCUGCCGGUUGCCCAGAGGCGAUGUAUGCCACCAGCUCCCGAAUCUUGUCCUUGGAGAGAGAGUUGGAUGAAAUGAAGAAGCUUUUGCAACAGUCAAUGAACCAGGGCAGCACACCGUUUCUGCCCCCGUCUUCGAGUUUUCGGGGCACUACACCGGACCGGAACCGAUGGGGCACUACACCUGACCGGGCCCGAUCUUCGAGUUUCCGGGGCACGACACCGGACCGGGCCCAAUCUUCGAGUUUUCGGGGCACGACACCGGACCGGGCCCAAUCUUCGAGUUUUAGGGGCACGACACCAGACCGGGCCCCAUCUUCCAGUUUUAGAGGCACGACACCGGACCGGGCCCAAUCUUUGAGUUUUCGGGGCAAGACACCCGACCGGGCCCAAUCUUCAAGUUUUAGAGGCACCACACCGGACCGGGCCCAAUCUUUGAGUUUUCGGAGCAGUGCACCGGAGGUUUCCCGAGGCAGUACCCCGGAGCUGGCCCAAUCUCCGAGUUUUCGCAUCAGUGCACCGGAGCUGGUCCAAUCCUCGAGUUUUCGGGGUAGUGGACCGGAGCUGACCCGAUCUUUGAGUUUUCGAGGACCAGAGCUGGGCCGAUCUCUGAGUUUUCGGGGCGGUACACCGGAGACUAGAAUUGAAAAAGAGGGUAUAGGGUCUUUUUCUGCGAGCGGGUUUCGGCUUUUCCCGAGGGAGACGAUUAGAAUUGCAACUUCAUCCCAAGCGUCCAGUGAGGGAGUUUCUCCGAGAAGUGGAAAGAGUUCGAGUCGAUCGCUGAUUAGUAGGUUGAAGAGUGCAUUGGGAAUAAAGAAGAAACCCGAGAUUACAGAUCCGAUGGGUUCGAUCGGAUCUGAAGAAGAAACAGGAUUUGGAGGAAAAUAUGGUGAAGGAUUAUAUGGGAAUGGGAAUGUUGCUGUGAUGAAAAAGAAUAUGCCUUUUCACCACCGUUAUAUGGGAAGGAUUAUAUGGUUAAAACUUUCACUUUUCUCUUCCAUUUGGAUUCUCUCUUUCAUUUGACAAUUUGAUUGAUACAACUAAUUUGUGAAGUUCUUCGUUUGUUUUUCUAAAGCAGGGACUCUAUUCUUUCUCGGAAUUGACUGUUUGGAUAACAAAGGUGAGCGGAUAUGCUUAGUCAUUGAUUUCGAGAUCUUGAGAUAAGUCGAAAUUUGCGUAUGUUGAUUCGGAUACUCAGUAAUAAAAGUAAAUGUCUCAUUCCGCAAUCUGAGCUUCUACUAGUAGACAUCUAUCUAUAAUGUGUUUUUGAGCAAGUCUAUUCAAGAGAAUGCAAUAGAAGGUGGCUAUGUAAAAAGGGUAUUGUUGUUUUUUCGUUGCAUGCAGUAGAUUGUUUUAUUUUCUUCUUCUUUCGUGAAUAAUUCAGUCAAAUCAAGUAUAUCUUGUAUUAAGUCAUGAUUCGUUUUUUU